AUGGCUUCAUCAAACGGUGGUGUUCCGCCGGGCUUCCGGUUUCACCCAACAGACGAAGAGCUUCUUCACUACUACUUGAAGAAGAAGCUUUCAUUUCAAAAGUUUGACAUGGAGGUCAUAAGAGAGGUGGAUUUGAAUAAGAUAGAACCAUGGGACCUUCAAGAGAAAUGUAAGAUUGGGUCGACGCCACAGAAUGAGUGGUACUUCUUCAGCCAUAAGGAUAAGAAGUAUCCUACAGGGUCAAGGACUAAUCGAGCAACCAAUGCUGGGUUUUGGAAGGCAACAGGCAGGGAUAAAUGCAUAAGGAACAGCUAUAAGAAGAUUGGCAUGAGGAAAACCCUUGUUUUCUACAGAGGCCGAGCUCCUCAUGGCCAGAAGACUGACUGGAUCAUGCAUGAGUACCGGCUUGAAGAUGGUGAUGACACCCAAGGAAGCCCUAACGAGGAUGGUUGGGUGGUUUGCAGGGUUUUCAAGAAAAAGAAUUUGUUUAAAGUUGGGAUUGGGAACGAAGGAGGGGGUAGCAUGGUCUCGGAUCAGCUUAACAACGCAUCAAGCACAAGUCAUCAUCGUACCUUCAUGCACAGGGACAAUCAAUAUCUCAUACAUCAACACCAUAACAAUGAUAACCAACCAACCUUUGAUUUGUACAAGACCGAGCUAGGACUCAACUACUCUCAAAUUCCCUUGGGAGUUCCUCAAUUUUCACAAAUUCAAGCUCAAAACUUUAUCCCUAUCCACAAACCAUUGGGUUAUGACUUCCCAGAGCUCCCUUCGGAAACACCUGUAUUGGUCAAGCAACUUAUGUCGAACCCAAGGGAUUGUGAAAGUGGUAGUGAAAACCUUUGUUAUCAAGGUUGUGAGCCAGGGUUGGAGGUCGGAACUUGUGAACCUUCUCAAAGUCUGCUUAUCGGAAGAGAUCAGAGCUUGAAUGAAUGGGGCAUGAUUGAUCGGCUUGUGACACCUCAUAUUGCCCAAGAAGACUCAUCCAAAGGGAUCAGAUUUGAUGAUGAAAAUCCUUCAUCCAUGCAUCAAAUUAAUCCACUCUCACUGCGUGGAGAGAUGGAUUUCUGGGGCUAUGGAAAGUAG